UUACCGAGUGCCAACCCACUUUUCGCUGGCUCAUUCAAGUCUGCGUUUUCACGCUCAAAACUCCCCCCAAACACCAACCAUACAGCGUCAGCCAACUCAACGAGAACCAAGCUAGCCGCUGACCAUGGCCUCUUUGGACCAUCUCGCCGCGCUUACCAAGGUGGUGCUGAACAAUCUGGAGUACCAGCACGACUGGACAGCAGUACAGACGUACACAGCUUCCAACCUCACGCGGCCUCUCGUCUACGGACUCCCGCCAAAGCGUCUCUACGUGCACCCGGACGAGCAGAUCGCCAUCAUCAAGGCCGAGAAAGCGUUGGGAGAGCGCAUCCCGCAGGAGCCCGAACUCGAGUGGGUGUUGCCGCUGCACCUCUCCGAGAAAUGGUCGCCCGCGCAGUUUGCGGCUGUCUUCGAUGCCAUCGAGGCCAUUCCGCCGGGGGGCGCGGACAAGGUGCCGUUUGAUGCGCAGGGCAAUGGUGCCGAGUGGAAGCUCUGGCGUGGGCCGAAGCGUGGAAAACGGAUCCUGCUUGCGACGGUCCAGGAUGACUCGACAAUUACCUACUACUGGAUACAUGACGGGCUUGUGAAGCCGAGGCAGAACUGAGGGUCGAGUAACCAUACUUCCAGAAACCUUGGGUAUCACCCCAGGACUCCUCUCCCAGCGACUGGUUCCUCGUCCUUUCAGGGCUUGAAAAUGACCUUCUGCACCUUCAUCUGGUCAAACAGGUCAUAGCCUUUGACCGCUU